UUCCCCAUCGCCGCAGCGCAGAGUCGCAGGCGCAAGCGCAACCAGCAAAUUCGAACCCUAGACACCGGACGGCCGCGUUGGCCGGCGGCGCGGCGGCGUGGGCAUCCGGCGUGGCGUCGUGCCGGCGUCCUGCUUCCAUUCCUCGACCCUCUGAUCUAUGCGCUCCGUCUGGCGGCAGCGCCCGCGCGCAAGCGGCGUCGCCUCCCCCCGUUCCUCGGCGCCCCUGCAGCAACUGAGACACUUAGUACUAGUAGGACAGUUUAAUCUGGAUUCUGAAGCAAUGAGUACCUGUGAAAAGGCCGGAGCGGAAGCUACAUCUGUUGUGAGUUCAGACAGAGUGAGCAGUCUACCUCCAGAGAUAAAAGGUGAUAUCCUUUCUCGUUUGCUUGUCGAAGAAGCGGUUAGGACUAGCAUCUUAUCAAGUACUUGGAGGAAUGCGUGGACUGAUAUGCCAAGAGUAUUUCUGCAAGAUGGAAAGCUUGCACAAACCAAGUUUGUUACGUUGGUCGAUAUGGUGCUAGCACUCCACAAGGGAACCAUAGAAGAGUUUAAUAUAUCAGGUAACAAAAGUUACCAUUAUGAGUUUGCUAGGUGGAUGCUCAUGCUGUCAAGGAGAUCACCAAGAUCAAUUAUAAUCAAGUUGAACUCAUUGCCGGAGUAUAGGAUUCCCUCAUGCCUAUUUUCUAUCGGCAAUUUGAAGAUUCUGCACAUGGAAAACUGCACCAUCUUGUUGCCCCGGGUAUUCCAAGGUUUCAAGAGACUAACUCACCUCAGCCUGAAACUUUUCUCCUCCACGGACAUGGACAUCCAAAAUCUGAUCUCGUUCUGCCUACUGACUGAUUUGAGAUUAGUUCGUUUUGAGGGCAUCAGGUGUCUAAACAUUCAAGCUCCUAAACUGGAAUAUCUUGAAGUUGUUGGGGGCUUUGAAGACAUUAAUUUGGAUGCCCCUAAUCUAGAAUGGGCCGUUCUCACUCUUAAUCCCAAAGCUAAAGCAUAUCAAUCUGUUCCAAUUGCUCAUGACACGAAAAACUAUGUCAAGAAGUCAUUGGGAAGCGUAAGUGACAUAAAACAACUUGCAUUUUUUGGCUUUUUCCUGAAGCAUCUAUCAAAAGGGUGCAUACCUAUGAAGCUCCCUGCCGUGUUUACUCGCUUGGAGCAUAUUUAUCUUACGAUAUGCUUUUGGGACCAGAGGCAAGUCUUGGCCGCUUGUUCAUUGUUUCAGAAUGCCCCUAACCUAAAGAGGCUUAACAUGCGGAGUCGCUUUCCGGGCCCAUGGUAUCAGGAUCAGGCGAGCAUUCAAGAGCUUACCGUGCAAUUGCAAAUGGACCAUCUCGUAACGGCCAGUAUGGAAGGUUUUGCGGGUCUUGACUAUGAAGUUGAUUUCGUGGCAAAGCUACUGAGCUGGGCACCAGCUUUGGAAGAAUUGGAGAUAGAAUGGGAGGGCGAAACAGACUGCAGCAGGGUUCUUGCGAAGCUAUUAGCUCUGCCGAGGGUAUCUCCCAGGGCCAAGGUCAUUGUUACAUUUUGAUAGCCAUGCAUCCCUACAGUCUGCAGUGCAUAACCCCAGCACUUUGCCGGUUUAAUUUGCUGCUGAGUAGAACUAUUUCGUCUUUGUUGUUGCGAAUGCCCCAUCUAUAGAGGUAGUGUGUUUUGUUGACAACAUUCGGUGGGGGUACUUAAUGUGCUAUCAGCAAGUGUUUUCCAUGUGAAACACUCCAUUCCUUUGGGCAACCAAGGUCACGCAAGCUGCUGCUGCCAUUCCUUCACACACAGCCCGUCCUUCCUUAAUUGUGUCAGAUGAGUUUGUUUUUGUGUUCUGUGUACGGUUAAUUCCUGGUUCUAGCAGAUAUGUGUAUAAGAAGUGAUCGCAUUCACCUUCAUGUUGUAUCAGCAAGAUGUGAACACAAGACAUCAAACUGUACCUUGGUAUUGUA